AUUUUUCCACCAAAAAAACAAUUGAGGAGCAUAACCCCGGUACCCCCUAGCAGGUGCCGGGUCUCAUAUCCUUCUCACCUUUUUCACCCCUGACCCAUUUUCAUGCCUGUAUAAUACUAUAAUAGAGUACAUGUGGUUCAGUUAAGAUCAUCUGAUAAAAGUCUUGAAAGAUCAGUCAUAUCACUUGACGUUAUGUUGCUUUCUGUGGAGGUAAUGUCAAACUCUGACCUGAGUUGUAAGUUUACCCAAUGCCAGGAAUUGCUGAUUUAUUAACGUCUGGCGUUCAUGGCACAAGUAUAGGUUAUAGCUUGAAAAGAACCAGGACCGCGAUGUGCAGAAUGUGGACAGUGUGUAGUAAAACGUUCAACUUUUUUAACAUAGGAGAGGCAGCACUAGCUAGUUAUGCUAAAGGAGCUGAUCGCCAGCUUUUUCACCCUGUUAAUCAACGUGACACAGCUGCUAGUUGUACCCCCUCGUCCACAUAAAGUCAGCUGUUGCCUGUACUUUCAUCUUUUAACACACACGACUAGGGAUGUCACGAUACCAAUAAUUCAGUAGUCGGUGCCGAUACCAGUAAAAUUACACGAUUCUCGAUACCAAAGUCGAUACCACGGUAAAAAAAAAAAUCCUAAGAUCCCAUGUACUUAAACAAGAAACACUUUAUUAAAAUAUUUGCAUUAAAAAAUCACAUUUCUAUCAACAGAUUGAUAUUACUUGAUAUUAAAUGACCCAAAACACACCUAGUAGAUGACAACUGCCUUGCUGAGGAAGGUGAAGGUGAUGGACUGGCCAAGUAUGUAUCCAGCCCUAAACUCACCUGUGCACCUGUGGGGCAUCCUCAAGCUGAAGGUGGAGGAGUGCAAGGUGUCUUCACAUCCAUCUGGGAGAGGAUUCCUGAAGCAACCUCAAUCCAAGGACUGCUUACGUCUGGACGAGACCAUGCUGGUCAAACAGCUGCUGCCGGAGAUCUGCCAUUUCAUCCAUACGUACCGUGAGGGCCACCAGCAUGCCGCUGAACUUCGGGCCUCUGCUUCAGCCGUCCUCUUCUCUCUGAGCUGCAACAACUUCAACGCUGUCUUCAGCCGCAUCUCCACCAGGCUACAGGAGCUGACGGUGUGCUCUGAGGACAAUGUGGAUGUUCAUGACAUAGAGCUGAUGCAGUAUAUCAAUGUGGACUGCUCCAAGCUGAAGAGGCUGCUACAAGAAACUGUGUUGAAGUUUAGAGCUCUCAAGAAGCCUGCCCAGCUAGCAGUCAUCAACAGUUUAGAGAAGGCGUUUUGGAACUGGGUGGAGAAUUACCCCGAUGAGUUCACCAUGCUUUACCAGCGACCACAGGCAGAUAUGGCAGAAGCUGCAGAGAAGUUGUUUGACCUGGUGGACAGCUUUGCAGAGAGCACUAAGAGGAAGGCAGCUGUGUGGCCUCUACAAAUCAUCCUCCUCAUCCUCUGUCCAGAGAUCACACACACCAUCUCCAAAGACACUGUGGAAGACAGCAAAGCCAACAAGGUGAAACUGUUUUUGGAUAGUUUGCGGAAAGCUUUAGCGGGCCAGGGCGGCAGCAAGCAGCUGAUGGAAAGUGCUGCCAUCGCCUGUGUCAAACUAUGUAAAGCCUCCACUUACAUCAACUGGGAGGAUCACUCAACCAUUUUCCUCCUGGUCCAGUCCAUCGUCAUGGAUCUCAAGGCUCUGCUCUUCAACCCAGCUAAGCCCUUCUGGAGGGGGACGGGCAGCCAGAAUACUGACGUGGAGCUCAUGAUGGACUGCUUCGUCUCCUGUUUCCGCAUCAAUCCUCACAACAACCAGCACUUUAAGGUCUGUUUGGCCUCUUCCUCCCCCUCCACCUUUCACUUUGUCCUGGUAAACUCGUUGCACAGAAUUAUCACCAAUUCUCAUCUGGACUGGUGGCCUAAGAUUGAUGCAGUGUACUGCUACUCUGGAGAGCUCCGCUUUAUGUUCUCAGACACCCUCAAUCGGGUGAUCCAAGGCGUCGGCACCCACGCUCCACUACGCAUGACACCGAGUCUGACAUUCAAAGGGAAGAUGACCACCAGCCUUAAGUUCAAAGAGAAAGCCACAGAACUGGACACUCGAAGCUAUAAGUGCCUCCUUCUUGCUCUGGUCAAACUCAUCCACGCUGACCCCAAACUCAUGUUGCAUAACCCAGUGAAGCAAGCUCCAGAGAUGCAGAGCAGCACAGCAGAGCUCAUCACCGGCCUGGUGCAGCUAGUGCCUCUAACUAACACCACCCAGCUCUCACAAGAAGCUAUGGAGGCUCUGUUAGUUCUGCACCAGCCAGAGACCAUAGAAUUGUGGAAUCCUGAUGCCCCCAUAGAGACGUUUUGGGACAUCAGUUCACAGGUGCUCUUCCUCAUCUGUCGCAAACUGAUUGGCCAACAAAUGGUUAAUGGGACGGAAGUUCUCAAAUGGCUGAGGGAAAUCCUUAUCUGCAGGAACAAGUUUCUGCUUAAGAACAAGGAAUUUGCCACUAUGGGUGGCGGUAUCCCCAUCUGCCGGCAGGCGCAGACGAAGCUGGAGGUAUGUCUCUACAUGUUCCUGUGGAGUCCGGACACCGAGGCGGUGCUGGUGGCCAUGUCGUGUUUCCGCCACCUCUGUGAGGAGGCUGACAUCCGCAGUGCUGCUGACGAGGUGCCUGUCCAAACCAUCCUCCCCAACUAUGCCACCUUUAGUGAACUGGCCUCUGUCAGCAACAUGAUGGGAACAGGCCGGUCCACCUUACAGAAGAGGGUGAUGGCCUUGCUCAGAAGGAUAGAGCACCCUACGCCAGGAAACAUAGAGGCUUGGGAGGACACAUAUGCUAAAUGGGACCAGGUGACCAAACAGAUUCUCAACUUCCCUAAAAACAAGGCAGAUGAUGGGCAGCAGGAGUGGAUCAACAUGACAGGAUUCCUGUGUGCACUUGGUGGUGUGUGUCUUCAGCAGCGCAGCACCCCCGGCCCAGCCACCUACAGCCCACCUAUGGGCCCCAUGAGCGAGCGAAAAUACUCCAUGGUCUCCAUGGGCCCCUGCGAUGUGUCUAACCCUGUGGCCUCAGCCUCUUCCUGCUCCUCAUCGGCCUCCUGUGAGACGCCCGUCAGCCGCUUCCUGGACAGGCUGCUGGCCCUGCUGGUGUGUGGUCAUGACAGGGUUGGCCUCCAUGUUCGCACAAAUGUGAAAGACCUGCUGGGGCUGGAACUGAGCCCCGCCCUCUACCCCAUGCUCUUCAACAAGCUGAGGAACAGCAUUGGCAAGUUCUUUGACACACAAGGACCGGUUCCCAUUAAUGAAACUAACACCCAGUUUGUGGAGCAGACCAUAGCCAUCAUGAAGAACCUGUUAGAUAACCACACAGAGGGCAGCUCUGAACACCUGGGGCAGGCCAGCAUUGAGACCAUGAUGCUCAACCUGGUCAGGUAUGUGCGCAUCCUGGGCAAUGUGGUCCAUGCGAUCCAGAUCAAAACAAAGCUGUGCCAGCUGGUGGAGGUGAUGAUGGAGAGACGAGAUGACCUGUCCUUUUGCCAGGAGAUGAAAUUCAGGAACAAGAUGGUGGAAUAUUUGACUGACUGGGUGAUGGGAACCUCCAACCAAGCUGCUGAUGAUGACAUAAAGUGUCUGACAAGGGACCUGGAUCAGGCCAGUAUGGAAGCAGUGGUGUCGCUGUUGGCUGGUCUUCCUCUUCAGCCAGAGGAGGGAGAUGGAGUCGAACUGAUGGAGGCCAAAUCUCAGCUCUUCCUUAAGUACUUCACCCUGUUCAUGAACCUGCUGAAUGACUGCAGUGAGGUGGAGGAUGAGGGCCAGGCAGUGGGGGGACGAAAGAGAGGAAUGUCCCGCCGUCUGGCCUCCCUCCGCCACUGCACGGUUCUGGCCAUGUCCAACCUGCUCAAUGCUAACGUGGACAGCGGCCUCAUGCACUCUAUUGGUCUGGGCUAUCACAAGGACCUGCAGACUCGAGCUACCUUCAUGGAAGUGCUGACCAAGAUCCUACAGCAAGGAACAGAGUUCGACACGCUGGCAGAGACAGUUCUGGCUGACCGUUUUGAGCGGCUAGUGGAGCUGGUCACCAUGAUGGGAGACCAGGGAGAGCUGCCCAUCGCCAUGGCACUGGCUAAUGUGGUUCCAGGGUCCCAGUGGGAUGAGCUAGCCCGAGUCCUGGUGACACUGUUUGACUCCCGCCACCUCCUAUACCAGCUGCUGUGGAACAUGUUCUCUAAAGAGGUGGAACUGGCUGACUCCAUGCAGACUCUCUUCAGAGGAAACAGCCUUGCUAGCAAAAUAAUGACCUUCUGUUUCAAGGUUUAUGGGGCAGCAUACCUGCAGAAACUACUGGAGCCUUUAUUAAGAGGGGUCAUCACCACCCCUGAACACAUCAGCUUUGAGGUGGACCCCACCAGGCUGGAACAAGGGGAGAACCUGGAGGAGAAUCAGAGGAACCUACUUCAAAUCACUGAGCGGUUCUUCCAGGCUAUCAUCGGUUCAUCCAGCGAGUUUCCUCCACAGCUCCGCAGUGUCUGCCACUGUCUUUACCAGGCUACUUGCCACUCUCUACUGAAUAAAGCAACAAUAAAAGAAAAAAAGGAAAACAAAAAAGCAGUUGUGAGUCAGCGUUUCCCCCAGAACAGCAUUGGUGCAGUGGGCAGCGCCAUGUUUCUGCGCUUUGUCAACCCAGCUAUUGUAUCUCCCUAUGAGGCAGGCAUCUUGGACAAGAAGCCCCUCCCCAGGAUAGAACGGGGUCUCAAACUCAUGUCCAAGAUUCUGCAGAGCAUUGCAAACCAUGUCCUGUUUACAAAAGAAGAACACAUGAGGCCUUUCAAUGACUUUGUCAAGAGCAACUUUGAUUCAGCCAGAAGGUUUUUCUUGGACAUAGCAUCUGACUCUCCUCCUAGUGACUCGGUCAACCACAGUCUGUCCUUUAUUAGUGACGGUAAUGUGCUGGCCCUCCACCGCCUGCUGUGGAACAACCAGGAGAGGAUUGGCCAGUACCUCUCCAGUAACAGGGACCACAAGGCUGUAGGCAGGCGACCUUUUGACAAGAUGGCCACCCUGCUGGCCUACCUGGGACCUCCUGAGCACAAACCUGUGGCUGACACUCACUGGUCCAGUCUUAACCUGACCAGCUCCAAGUUUGAGGAGUUCAUGACCAGGCACCAGGUCCAUGAGAAGGAGGAGUUCAAAGCCUUAAAGACCCUCAACAUCUUCUACCAGGCAGGAACCUCCAAGACUGGCAACCCAGUCUUCUACUACGUGGCCCGCAGGUUCAAAACAGGCCAGAUCAAUGGUGACCUGCUCAUCUACCAUGUCCUCCUAACUCUCAAACCCUACUACGCUAAACCCUAUGAGAUUGUAGUAGACUUAACACACGUAGGACCCAGCAAUCGCUUCAAAACCGACUUCCUGUCCAAGUGGUUUGUGGUCUUUCCUGGCUUUGCCUACGAGAAUGUAUCAGCUGUCUAUGUCUACAACUGCAACACCUGGGUGAGGGAGUACACUAAGUACCAUGAGCGGCUACUGACGGGCCUGAAGGGCAGCAAGCGUCUCCAGUUCAUUGACUCUCCAGCUAAGCUGGCAGAGCACAUCGAACCUGACCAACAGAAGCUGCCCGCAGCCACACUGACCUUGGAGGAAGACCUUAAAGUGUUUCAUAAUGCCCUCAAGCUGGCCCAUAAAGACACCAAGGUCUCAAUAAAGGUGGGCUCGACGGCAGUUCAGGUGACCUCAGCUGAGCGGACCCGUGUUCUUGGACAGCCCGUCUUCCUCAAUGACGUCUACUACGCCUCAGAGAUUGAAGAGAUUUGCCUGGUGGAUGAAAGCCAGUUCACCCUCACCAUGGCCAAUCAGGGCACACCACUCACAUUCAUGCAUCAGGAGUGUGACGCCAUCGUCCAGUCCAUCAUCCAUAUCCGGACACGCUGGGAGCUGUCACAGCCUGACUCCAUCCCACAGCACACCAAGAUCCGACCAAAAGAUGUACCUGGCACUCUGCUUAACAUUGCCCUGUUGAACCUGGGCAGUUCUGACCCAAGCCUCAGGUCUGCUGCGUACAAUCUAUUGUGUGCUUUGACCUGCACCUUUAACCUGAAGAUAGAGGGCCAGCUGCUGGAGACAUCAGGCCUCUGCAUCCCCGCCAACAACACCCUCUUCAUAGUCUCCAUCAGCAAGACUCUGGCUGCCAAUGAGCCCCAUCUGACACUGGAGUUUCUGGAGGAGUGCAUUUCAGGCUUCAGCAAGUCCAGUAUUGAGCUGAAACAUCUCUGCCUGGAGUACAUGACACCCUGGCUGCUCAACCUGGUUCGCUUCUGUAAGCACAACGAUGAUGCCAAGCGUCAGCGUGUCACUGCCAUUUUGGAUAAACUCAUCACCAUGACGAUCAAUGAAAAGCAGAUGUAUCCCUCUAUCCAGGCCAAGAUCUGGGGCAGCCUAGGCCAGAUAACAGACCUGCUGGAUGUUGUGUUGGACAGCUUUAUUAAGACUAGUGCCACGGGAGGCCUGGGCUCCAUCAAAGCAGAGGUUAUGGCUGAUACUGCAGUGGCUCUGGCUUCAGGGAAUGUCAAACUGGUCUCCAGCAAGGUGAUUGGACGGAUGUGUAAGAUCAUAGACAAGACCUGCUUGUCUCCAACGCCCACACUGGAGCAGCACCUGAUGUGGGACGACAUCGCCAUCUUGGCGCGUUAUAUGCUCAUGCUGUCCUUCAACAAUUCCCUGGAUGUUGCAGCUCACCUGCCCUACCUGUUCCAUGUGGUGACCCUGCUGGUAGCCACUGGGCCACUGUCUCUUAGGGCGUCCACCCAUGGUCUGGUUAUCAACAUCAUCCACUCCCUCUGCACCUGCUCGCAGCUCAGCUUUAGUGAGGAGACAAAGCAGGUUCUGAGGCUGAGCCUGACUGAGUUCUCCCUGCCUAAGUUUUACCUGCUGUUUGGCAUCAGCAAAGUCAAGUCAGCUGCCGUCAUUGCCUUUCGCUCCAGCUACAGAGACCGCUCCUUCUCACCAGGCUCCUAUGAGAGGGAAACAUUUGCCCUGUCCUCCCUGGAGACCGUCACUGAGGCUUUACUGGAGAUCAUGGAGGCUUGUAUGAGGGACAUCCCAGCCUGUAAGUGGUUAGAUCAGUGGACGGAGCUUGCACAGAAGUUUGCAUUCCAGUACAACCCAUCUCUCCAGCCCAGAGCGCUGGUAGUGUUUGGCUGCAUCAGCAAGAGGGUGAGCCACGGCCAGAUCAAGCAGAUCAUCCGAAUCCUCAGCAAGGCCAGCCCUCUGCUCAGCAUAGACCGGGGUCUGGAAAGCUGUCUGAAGGGGCCGGACAAUUACAACAGUCAAGUAUUAAUAGAGGCCACAGUCAUUGCUCUGACCAAACUGCAGCCCCUUCUCAGCAAGGAGUCUCCCAUGCACAAAGCUCUGUUCUGGGUGGCAGUAGCUGUGCUACAGCUUGAUGAAGUCAAUCUGUACUCUGCUGGAACCGCCCUGCUGGAGCAAAACCUUCACACUCUGGACACAAUGCGUGUCUUCAAUGACAAGAGUCCAGAAGAAGUGUUCAUGGAGAUCAGGCGUCCAUUAGAUUGGCACUGUAAGCAGAUGGAUCACUUUGUGGGUCUCAACUUCAGUGCCAACUUCAACUUUGCACUGGUGGGCCACCUACUCAAAGGCUACAGACACCCAUCACCCACCACAGUAGCAAGGACAGUGAGAAUCCUGCACACACUAUUGGCUCUCAUCAGCAAGCAUCUGAAGUGUGACAAGUUUGAGGUCAACACCCAAAGUGUGGCCUAUCUGGCUGCACUGCUCACUGUAUCUGAGGAGGUCCGAAGUCGCUGCAGCCUCAAACACAGGAAGUCACUACUGAUUUCUGACCUCUCCAUGGACCCAGUACCUAUGGACACAUAUUCCAGUCACAUCACUGAUCCCAGCUGCAGAACACUGCGAGAGACUCAGCCAUGGACUUCACCUCAGGUUUCAGAGCGCUACCUUUCAGCCCAUCACUACCCCACAGUGGGCCAGAUUAGCCCACGAACCCGCAAGUCCAUGAGCCUGGACAUGGGUCAGCCCUCACAAGCCAACACUAAGAAGCUCUUGGGCACCAGGAAGAGCUUUGAUCAUCUCAUAUCGGACUCAAAAGCACCAAAGAGACCAGAGAUGGAGUCGGGUAUGACCACCCCUCCCAAGAUGAGACGCGUAGCAGAGAAUGACUAUGAGAUAGAGACACAACGAAUUGGAAACUCUCACCUUCGCAAGGUGUCUGUAUCAGAGUCCAACGUUUUGUUGGAUGAGGAGGUGUUGACGGACCCAAAGAUCCAGGCUCUGCUGCUCACUGUGCUGGCCACCCAGGUCAAAUACACCACAGAUGACUUUGACCAGCGAAUUCUCUAUGAGUACUUGGCUGAAGCUAGCGUUGUCUUCCCAAAGGUUUUUCCAGUUGUCCACAACCUGCUGGACUCCAAGAUCAACACUGUGCUGUCCAUGUGCCAGGACACCAACCUCCUGAAUCCUGUCCACGGCAUUGUACAAAGUGUGGUGUACCACGAGGAGUCACCACCACAGUACCAGCCAUCCUAUCUACAAAGCUUUGGCUUUAAUGGACUUUGGAGGUUUGCCGGACCCUUCUCUAAGCAAACACAGAUACCAGACUAUGCCGAGCUGAUUGUCAAGUUUCUGGAGGCGUUGAUUGACAGCUACCUGCCAGCAGCUGAUGAGCAGCGAGGGGAGGAGCAGCUGAGGACACCCACCUCCCCCUACCCCCCCACUAGCCAGAGCCAGCUCAGCAUCACUGCCAACCUCAACCUGUCCAACUCCAUGACCUCACUGGCCACCUCGCAGCACUCACCAGGUGUGGAUAAGGAGAAUGUCCAGCUGUCUCCCAGCUCUGCUCUGUCCAGUGGGGGUCGCACUCGCCAUGGUUCAGCCAGUCAAGUGCAGAAGCAGCGCAGCGCUGGCAGCUUCAAGAGACCCAGCAUCAAGAAGAUCGUGUGAUCGACCAGAGAACAGCCCCACCCUGCUCUUCCUCCUCCUCCUCCUCCUGUUCCUCCUCCUUCUUCUCUCCACCCCCAGCCUGCCAGGCCUCAUGCUGCACUCCACUUUAUUUCCUCUCUCUUCUUCGUGGUUUUUGCUCUUUCAGGAGAACAUGUGCAUUUUAGUUUUGCAUUGAGGAGGAAUAUAUUAGCAAGGGCAAACUUGAAUUUUGUGCUGCUUGAAAUUUUUUAUUUGAGACAGCGCAGUGGAGGAGAAGCUGGAGUGGAGGUGUCAGCUCUCCUUCACAGAUAUUCAGCAGCUGUUUAAGUCUCCUGCAGUGAUGGAGGUCACACAUGUGAAACUAUUGGGGGAAAUAAACCCUCUGAGCCUGAUGGGAGUACAGUCCCAACACCUAGGUUCACUUUGGACAUAAAGUUUCCUAGACAGUUUACACAGGGAGGAAGCAGAAACUGAAGUUCUGUCUUUAUGCUGAAGUUUGAUCUGUAAGACGUCCCUCAGCCUUCCUUAUGACUAAACACUCCUGUGUCAGUGAGAUGGACCAAAUGACAGCAGCAGUGGGGGGGUGGACCUUCACUCUGGACCUGCUCAGCUCCUCAGCUCACCUCUCCCAGUUCUGUACAUAUUUUACAUAGAUGAUGUAUAACUAGUCCUUAGUGCUAAUUUAGAUGUUGACGUUUUCUCCAUGGUGUGCCUUUGUCAGGGUUUUUCAAUGUGUACAAUUUGUAAAGUAAAAGUCAAACCUUGCUGGGGACAAAGAACAGGUACUAAUUAUGGAGGCAAGCCGUCCAUAUCACCAUGAGUUCACAUGAGCUGAGUCACGACGGGCCUCUAAUGAUCGUCAAAUAUACAAUCAUCCAUAUACCCUGUUGCCUGAAAGUAUUUAUCCUGUACAGCUAGAUAGCGCUACAUAAAUCCUCUUUUUAAACACUUUCAGAAACUCUUCUUUUCAAAUGUCACAGGAAGACUGCAGAACACUAGGGGAAAUACAACCAUGUAAAUAGCUUCAAGCUUUUCUUUAUCUUUGUUUUUGUGCGUUUGGCUUUUAUUUAGCUGUUUAAUGUGAGUUCUUUUUAGUCUGAACUGUAUUUUCAGCAGCACAGCAUUUUCAUUUGUUUACACAGUGACAAGGAAAAUUGUGUAAUAGGCAAUAAUCCUCAACUUUCAAACUCCUUUGUCAUCCACCUGUUUUAUUUGUACAGCAAACAGGAAGAACACAUCACUUUGUCAGCUUGGUGCAAUAUGAUGCCAACUUCUUAGUUGCCUGUUAACACUGAGAUUUAGCUCUUGUUAAUUACCUCCAGUGACCAUUUGAAUAGAAAAGAGAGUGCACAGUGUGAUGUUUGAUCUUUUCUCUCUCACUCACACUCACUCACUCACUCACACACACACACACACACACACACACACACACACACACUUGCAUUUGUUUCACCUAAACAGUCUGAGCUGGACCCCCAACCUUCAGAGGUUUGUCCUGUGGGCUCUUUGAAGGAAAAAUCCACCUGAAUAGAGGCUCCCACAUUGUCAAGCCUCCGGCUCAUUUCACAACCAUUCUAUUUCACAACCAUUAUUUUUUGCAAUGUAGAGCACAUUGUUGUAAAAAAUGUGUCAUUAUUUAAUAAUUAAGCCAGUUUGAUCCCUUCCUGUUUAAUCCUUUGACACUAGAAUAAAAAGGAAACACUGAAAAGAAACUAAACUUUUCAGAAACAUUGCAGUUUGAUGUCCAAGCAGAGGCAGCCUUAUAUCAACUUCGCCUUUUCUGUUCAGAAAACAUAUGAUCAAAGACGUAACAAGAUUAUGAAUCUGACGAAGCAUUCUGUGCCAACUGUCUUGCUUGAUCUUUUACUAUACUUGUAGUCACAGACGCAGCUCAGUCAGCAUUCAGACCGUACUGAGGUCCAUCCUCUGCUCUGUUGUUUGGUGUAUUCUUCUGUCUGGUUGCAGGUUUUCCAGCAUUUUUACAAUGUGGUGAAAUGAUGGGAAAUAUUUCACAGAUCUAAACAGAAAGAGUAAGUUCCUGGUUUUGGUCUCAGUCCCUCAAACUCAAACACUGAUUUCAAAACUCCCACCUUGCACCAUCAUACAGGCUGUCACACCCCUGACCCAGCUGACCUAGACUGAUGAGAUGCCAUAGUGUGAAAUGGUGGAUUUUUCCUUUUAAGAGCUUUAGUAGUAUUAAUUCAGGUUAUUGAUGCAGAGGCCAGCAUUGUGAUAUAAACCCUGUUUACCCUCAGAGCACAUCUAGGAGCAAGAGAUCCUUUAAACUACAGGCCUGCUCUGCAUUACAGGAGGUGUCGCUGUCAAAAUACAAAUCUGGGCACAUUUGGAGAAUGCUCUUCCAGAAUUUAGUUUGAACGCAUUUACUACCUAUCAGCCAUAACUGACUUGUGACUGUUCUAGAUAGUUAAGUGUGUUUCUAACUUUCCAGACAACCAUUGGUUUCCAUUCAUUUCACAAUGUUUCACAGGAUCAACCCUCAGAGAGUUGAAACUUGCUUGAGGUUUCUACUCCAUCACAGUUAACAUCAUUAGAAUUGUUUGUGGUAAUGCGGUACACACUGAAAAUGGGAACCAAUGGCUACCUCUAGGGUAGAAAGGCACAAUGAGUUCUAAAACCAUAGAAAUAGAAUGGAUAGAAAGGACAUUGAACUGUCUGCUGUGGUCAUUUGACUUGUUCAAAAGAAUAUGGUGAUUGUUGUUAGUUGUUUUGGUUACAACACAUCAGUAAAGAGUACACCAUGUAAAGAGUGCCACAUGUACUAGUUUGAGAACUCUGUUUUGGCCUAUUCUUACAUCUAUGUUCUUUACUAAACCGGAAAAAUACAUCUGUACACCAACCCAAGUUUCUCUCUUUAACCCAACCAACACUUCCAGCAGCUUCAUUGCCUUUUAAGUUAUUGUAAAACACACUUCAAUCAAACUCCACAGUAGAGUUGCCGGGAUUUACUGUUUUUAAGGUAUACAAUGAUGACGUUGUUUAUCAUUCCGUGUACAUUUGCUAAUCUACAAUAUUGAAAGAAAAUGCAACUGCACGUAGAAUCUCCCCUUUAUUUUAGUUAUUUCCUAAGGGGACAUUUUUUUUACACAUACCUCCAUUAACAACACGGUUUCAAAUUUCAGUUAUAGUAAUAAAAAGCUUGUUCAACCAAGAAUAACAUUUCCAUUUUCAUUCUUUUAAGGGUCAUUCUGACUGAUAAUAAGAUAAGUUCUGUGAUACUGUGAAUCCGCGAUAUUUUAUGAGACGGUUAAUGUAAUGUGAAAAACUCAAAUCAUUGCAACCCUACUCCACAGAAAGAACCUAAAACUCACCAAAACUGGAUAACAUUAGCCUUUCCAUUUAUCCAACCAUCACCAUUUCUGGUUUGGUGGAACUAAACCACUGAGCAGCGGCUCUCACUCAUUCAUCAGAGGCGCCUACAGUAAUAUUACUACAAAAGAAACAGGGAAAUACAUUAUGAUUUUAGAAAUAACGGAUUACUUAUUUAAAAAUGUACAACUCCACUACGUCGUCACUGUAAAAUGUCACCUCAGGGAGUUCGUGACUUGUCACAAGUUGGUUUGUUUAUAUGGAAUUAUAUAUGGAAGUUAGCCUGCUGCAACAGUACAAAUAAAAAUGCCCAUCCUGCUAUGUUUAUUAGAAUGGGAAUGUCCUUUCUAUUCAUUUGGUUUCUAUGUCUAAAACACUAUGGUUUGCUGUGGAAAUACUCCCAUGGUUUGUAGUAAAUGGAUUUAAACUUACAGAAGCUCUGGUUGCUAUGACAGCAUCUGUGCACACAUGUUGCCACAGUUUGGAUUGUUUGAUUGAGCAGGUGUAGUGGUCAAUCAGCAGCUGUGUUGACCAGUGCUCUUCUCGAAGCCUCUGUCCACAGCUCAGCAGGGUUGGCUUGCCAAAAUGCUUCUAUCCUGCCUUAACAUCUAUGCAUGGCAAGAGUUGAGUAACGUUGUACAACUCUGACUUUGUUUUUGUCUGAGCAGCGUCUCCCCACGUCUGCUGCUCACAGUCUGACAUUGUUUCCAAGUGUUCAUGUUACCUUAUGGAGACAUUUGUUAAUCAAAUAUCUACUGACUUUUUUUCUUGUAUUGUAGUGGUCUGAGGGGAUAUGUUAUUUUCUCCUAUCCAUGCAGCUCAUUCAGUAAACUCAUGAUAAUUAGAUAAAUUCCAUGUAAAGGGAUAUUUUCAUUGAAGACAGCCUCAGAAACUGUAUUUAGUAAUUGAACCACAAAGAAUGACAAAGGGAAGACUGAGCAUAAUGAUGAAGAACUGAAUUCAUAAGUUCAGUUUCAGCUGUGGAAGCAGACUUCAGCACAUGAAUGGGUCCAAGAGAAUUUUGACUUUUCUUGUAGGCCUCCAUCACUGACUCAAUGUCAGUGUCUCUAUGUCACUCAUAGAUUGGCUCCUACAAAGAGAUUCUGGACUUUCAGUAGGUUUGAUGAUUAACACCCCCAAGUUACAAACUAGUUUAUUCAAUGUAUUGUCUGAACACAUCUGAAGGUUUAAUAUUGUUCUGAAAGGUCAAACUUAAUGGUUGAACAAAGAGUCUGCCCAUCAUAGAGAGGCAAUAAAUCAUACAAACGGGGAUGAUGGCACACACUUUCCAACAUAGAGCAUUUGUGAUGUGGCACACAGUCAGACACAUGAAAGUGAAUGAAGAGAGAAGUUCAAACACUACCUGCUUUCACACCUCCGUCAAGGUUGUUUCAGAUGCUGUAAGACAGUCCAGCAGGCACUUUGUUUGAAGCAUAACAUGGCCUUCAGUCAGUGAUGUUACUGAACAAAAAAAAUGUGUCAGAACCUUGUUUGAUGUCUGGUAUUCUAAACUAUCUUUAAACUUGACUGCAAAAGAGCUAGACCACAUGGACCGACUGAUGGAUUAUUUAAUGAAAUAUAAGCCCUCUUUUUCAUGUAAAUAGGCCUAAACUAGUUCAGAGACAAACAUGGAGUUUCAUUCCCUUUAAGUUGGUACGGUUGCAUUUUGUAACCCAGGAUGUUUGGAGCAGUGAUCUAAAGGUCCAGGGUGGGUCAGGGUUGGGUCAGGAUUUUAGGAUCUGAAAUCAGGGCAGCUGAAGCUGUAAAGGUACAUGUUUAUUCUGAGUUUAGUGUCCGUCCCCACAGAAACGUCUCACCAUGUAACUCAAACCACCAUCUCUACUUUUCACCAUCUUUCCCUCUCUUAAAGCUUCACUCCCUGAUUUCGUUCUUAAACAAGCCCCCAAACCUUCAGUGACUAUUUCAGUGACUGUACCUUUAACAAGAUACAGCCAGGAAAAAUCUGAAAGCAAGGCUUAUUUGAGCUCCGUGUUCACAGGUUGCCAUUGUUUCCAGGUUUUAGUGUGACUUGUGUGUGAAUGGAAUUAUUAAGGAUUACGUAUCCAUAACCUCUUAAACAAGUGGUUGACUUGCACUAACUUAAAAACAGUCAUGGGUUUGUAAAGAUGAAAAACCUCAAAAUGUGGCAUGUUUUAUUUGAUGUUAUGCAAAAUCUAAUGUCUGUAGAGUAAUAGUCUGAGUUUUGUUUUAAUGCAGUAUGUGUGAUAAUUGUAAAUACUUUGUGUACAAUUUGAGAUGGUAUAUUUACUACACUGUACAUACAUGUGAUAUUGUAUCAUUUUGUUUUUGUAAAGCAGUUAGUUUCUGUAUAAUACUAUACAAAUUGAACUAUUCCAGUGUUAGUAAUAAAAUGUUUUGCUCUCCACAAAAUUUGAGCCUGCAUGA